UUGUGACGUCAACUCGCUGAGGUACGUAGGACGUAAAUAAGUUGAUCAAGCGUUUACUCUCAAGCUUGUUGUCUUCCUGUAGCUGUAAUCACCCGUCGCCUGAUGACAGUACACCAUCUACGAUCCAGCCCGCGGAGAUAGAACUGAUUUGACGCGGCUAUGCCAUCUGAGUUUGUACCGUAACUACAGAGAAAAGCUCGUGGGGACAACAAACCAGGGUGUUUAUCCGGCGAGCUAACUGUGCGUUAGCAUCGCUGAACUCCACAUCGUGCGCUCUCCAUGCUCACUCUCUCUUCCAUCUCCUCUCCGGGUGCUGUCCUCGGCCUGUAGCUUCUUCUCUCGUCGGGUCCAGUGCUCGGUUGCUCGCCAGGAGAGAAUGAACUGGCUCUUCCCCUCGUCCAAAGGCUCCGGACCUCUCCCUCCUCUCAACAGCCUACAGCAACAAAGACAGCGGCAGGUCGAAUCGCUCAAAGCCGCUCACCCCAGUGUUGCAGAGAUCCAGAAGGAUGUGGAGUACAGAAUACCAUUCACCGUCAACAACUCCACCAUUAAUGUCAACAUUCUGCUACCUCCACAGUUCCCUCAGGAGAAGCCAGUGGUCAGUGUCUAUCCCCCUGUCGGACAUCAUUUAGUUGACAGCAAUAAUGGCACCAUGAUCAAUAGUCCACUCAUCACUAAUUUUGGGAUGCACUCAGAUCUGGGUAAGGUCAUCCAGAGUCUGUUGGACGAGUUCUGGAAAAGUCCUCCUGCCUUGAUGUCCACUGGUGCUGCUGGCUUUCCAUACAAUUUGUACAAGCCAUCAAUUCAGCCUUACCCCACUCAGGCUUUCCACUAUGGUCAUAGACACGUGGGUCCCAGUCAGACGCCAUCUCCUGGCGCAGCUCCCAUGCCUCACCCAGGGGUUGACAGCGCUCACAUGCUGUCUCGUGCUCCAGCUCCAUACGGACUGAUUUCUGAUCUGCCACUGCCCGUACCUACAGGAGACCUACAGGCUGGACUGAACGAACAUAAUUACAGGAUGCCGGAAAUUCCAGAGUCUUUCUCUGAACUCAGUGACAUGAAUCUGACUUCGCUGUCAGACCUGUCUGAAAAUGAAGACUUGCUCCUGGAGUUCUUUGUGAGUUUGCCACAGCUCAAGCAGAUAACAGGCGACAAAGAAGAGCUGGUCAACAGCAUAGUGGGCCUGGCUAAGAAAAACCUUCAGAUGGAGCCACAAUUGGAAGGGAAACGCCAGGAAAUGCUUUACAAGUAUGAACAGCUAACUCAGAUGAAGUCGGACUUUGAGACGAAGACGCAGAGACAGCAUGAACUCAGUGAUAGUUGCAGUCUUAGUACUUUACAGGCUCGGUUAAAAGUUGCGGCCCACCAGGCUGAGGAGGAGUCAGAAGAGACGGCUGAAAACUUCCUGGAGGGACGUUCAGAAAUAGACGAAUUCCUGGCCGGCUUCAUGGAGAAGAGAACGCUUUGCCACAGCAGAAGGGCCAAAGAGGAGAAGUUGCAACAGUCCAUCAGCACACAUGGACAGUUUCCUACCAGCCACUAGAGCACAAGGUUUGGUGUUUUCUCAGCCUACUGCUGCCAACUAAAAGGAUAAAGACACUAGGGAGGAGGAAGCACACUGAGUCAACAACGGGGCACUUUGGAGAUAUAGAAAGUUGCUGAUGACAGUGGUGGGCUAAAAAAAAAGAAGCCACCUGUUGAGUUCGUCACGGUAAUGUUUGACCGUGUGAGAGCAAGGAUGGAAAAGCUGGGAAGUCACCACAGGGAGGCCGAGACUGGAAGAGUGGUGGACACAUUGUUUCUGUCCAGGAUCCGUGUCACGUUUGGUGCACCGGAUCAGGGUCAUUGAUGAUAUGAACACUUUUGACAGGAAGUAUACAAUUCUUAGGACAGUAUUCCCAGUCUUACAUCUUUUCAUGCAAUGACUAAGUACAUGUCAUUUAUAGAUGAACUGUGAUAACACUGAUGUCGGGUUUUUCAGUCCCUGAGAUCUUGUCAGGUUUUUGUUUUUUUUCUUUUCUUCAUUUGCAUUUUAAUCUCCUGUUUACACUGGGUAGGUUGUUCCAGCCAUUUUCAUAAAACGCAUCACUGGUGUCAUUGUCAAACUUGACAAAACUAAUUUGGGUUUCACCAAUGGAAAAAAAACAACAAGGACGGGGCAGGGUUUUUAACUUGGGCUCCGAAAAUGUAAACUGCAGAUUCCCCUUGAGCAAUUUCUUGAAAACAUCUUUAACAUCAGUGUGUUUGCACAAGCAAGAAUAAUUUGAUUUGACCGUGUUAAUUUAUCGUUUUUAGAAAUUUGUUUCUAGGUCGACAUAAACAAAAUAACAGAACAAUCAUAUGUAUUCUUCAGUUACUGUCAAAGCUUGUGGUUUUUAAAUAUAUAUAUAUAUAGUCUGUGUUGAAACAACACAUUGAUCAGUUUUACUAUAUAUAAAGUUGAUUACAAUCAGCUUAAGGGGGGAGUCAGAGUACUGUAAAAUAUAUAAACGGUUUGAUAACACUAUCUAAAUUCCACAUGUUUUACAAUAAUCAAAUAAUUUUUGUAUUUGUAUAACACACUGAUGGUUUUUCAAAGAUUAGCAUCAUUAUGACCCAACCUUUUUUAUUAUCACGUCAUUUGAGUUUGAAGUGUUUGAAGAGCCUCAGAAGAUUUGGGACAAAGUUGCGGAAUAUUAGGUGAAAUGCUGCCGUAAAAGUUGAUGACAUUGGAUACUGUAUUUAAAUAGUGUUAAUAAUAGGCUAUAUUGUAAUCAAAGACUCAGACACCUUGUAUUAUAUGUUCCUAUUUAAUUUGUUAAAGUAAUAAAGAAUUUAGAAUAAA